GAUGUGCAGCAAAUAUAGCAACAUGCAUGCAGCCACUUAUCCAGGGGUCCAGUGGAAAGUCAUUGUGCCGGACCAUCUCCCUCUGAAGCAUGACAGCAUUGUACAAGGAACUCAUAUUACGAGUGCAGGUAUGGCAGGCAUCCCAUUCACUUGGGGUAAGAGUUUAAAUAAGAGGUAGCCAGCUGCUGUCCUUCGCAGAACAGACUUCGCUGUAGAGCCACUGCUGACAGUUGCAGCCCCGAGUCCGGAUUAUCACGACAGGCCGGUGAGCAGAGGACUUUCCAAAGGUCUUAUCGUUCUGAUCCUGCAAGCAAAGGAGGACGCGCUUCAUCAGGAAAGAUGUUUCUCAUGGCAGGGAAGAGUGCUGGAGGCCUGGGGAGAGGAAAUGAGAGGAGGUCAAUUUAUCAGAAAUUUCGUGAGGUGGACAUAUUGGACAAAAAGAAGACGGUAACAGCUCUGAAGCCUGGAGAGGACCGGGCUAUUCUCCUGGGCCUGGGAAUGAUCCUGUCCUCGGCCGUGAUGUACUUCGUCCUGGGGAUCACCACGCUGCGCUCCUACGCAGACAGUGUUUGGACAGAGGAGGGUGUGUGUGUUGUUCUCAACUCCACGGUCACAGCAGACAUGAACUGUUCCUACAACUGCGGAUCCGACUGCUGGAGAGUUUCCAAGUACCCCUGCCUGCAGGUCUACGUGAGCGUCAAUGACACGGGCCGUGUCAGCCGUUUAUCUCACAACGAGGAGACGCAGGACGCCAGCUCUGAAUGCGUGUACGUGCCCCGGUGCCAGAAGGACAGCGCGGCCAUGCACGUCCUGGUGGUGAACAUUUCGGAGCGUCUGAAGGUGAACCAGCACGUCACCUGCUACUACGACCCCAGCGAGCAGCAGGAGAGCGUCCUCCUGACCCGGCUGUACGACCACGCCGUGGUCUUCCAGGCGCUGCUCUGGCCCUCCUGCGUGCUGGUGGGAGGAGCGCUCAUCAUCGUGAUGGUGCGGCUCACGCAGUACCUCUCCAGACUCUGUGAGGAGAUCGGGAAGAUCAAGAGGUGAACGAUUGUGGCAAGCACGUGGCGGCGCGCCGAUGGGCCUCCAACAUGAACGGGAACGCUUCCUCCGCCUGACCUCUUGCAGACGUCCCUCCUCGGCUGAGACACGGAGGACAGCACACGUCCACCGUGCGGAGAGGACGGGUCUUUUUAUGAAACUGAAACGAUUGUUCCAGGGCAAAAACUGUAGGACAUGUCACUGGGUGCUGGAUAUGAAAGAAAACAUGGCAAUUUACAUUAUGUUUUUUUCUGUAUUUGUUUGCAGGGAUUCUGAUAUUUAUGACGAUUCUACUUUUUUUUUUGCAGUCAAUGUGAAAAAGAUGUGUCCUGUCUUUUCUCUCAGCUUCAUUUUUAAUUACACUCUUUUUUGUUAAUAUAGAUCCAUUUUCAUUUCAAACAGGUGAUUGCAAUCACGAUUUCGUACAAAACCAAUGUCCAUGGAAAGCGGAGUCUCUGAGGAGCACAGAUCUGCACUUUUAUAUUAGGUGCAAGAGAAAAUUAUUGAAAUGCUUCAAAAAGUGAUGGCCUUUACUCAUGAAACACGUGCAGAAAGAAGUUUCGGCCUUCAUAAAAAUGUUAGUUGUUCUAAACUUUUCAUAUGUGCAGACAAACUUUGCCUCUGACCAAACGUAGAGCUUGUUACAACGUGAAUCCAUUAUAUUGACCAUUAUUUUCACAAUAUGCAGAUACUUUUAGAAUGCGUUUUAAACCUAAAAUUCACAUGAUGUUAAAGUAUUGUAAGCCAUUUGAGGGAACAUGUUAUUAAGUGCUUGUUAUACUUUUAUACUUUUAUGAGAAUGAUAAUUUCACUUUUCCAUUCACAUUAUUUCUAUAGCGACAAGUCACAAAUGAAGUCGAUAAAUAUCACAGAGAAAAACACUGAUGUCUGUUUUAAAAAAGAAAAAAAGUCCUGUUUUAAGCUGGUAAUUCUGAGCAAUGGUACAAUUUUGAAAAUGUUCCUGCAUUUUGAUACAAUUUGUAUUAUUUUAUAUCCACUAUAAAUGACAGCAGAUAAAAUGUGGUCUGUCAGUAAAAACCUGUUUUAACCUUCUAAGACCUGUGUUAGGGUCUGAGACCCAUGUUGGGGUGUCUAAACCACGAUAUUUAAUUAUGUUUAUGGUGCCAAGAAAUAAAA